AUGGAGCCCAGUAAAAAGCCACCCUCUCAAUCCGAUAAUGCCAAUUCCGGCGGUUCUUCUAGCCAGUGCGAAGACGACAUCCUUAACCUUCACGUUGAUCCAGGAGAUGAUCGGUCUGCUUGCAUUACUUUAUAUCGAGAAGACCAUACCAUCGGCAACUUUUUGCGGUAUACAUUGGCAAAAAAUCCAAACGUUGAAUAUGCCGGAUAUGACAUCCCCCAUCCCCUAAACGAGGUCAUGCAAUUACGUAUACAAAACUUUCCAGACUCGCCUGAGACGGCGUUCGAGACAUUCGAAGAAUCUCUGGAGACUAUGCACAAAACAGUGACCUACAUGUCAGAAAUAUUCAACAAGCAAGCAGAGGCAUUCGAGAAAGGCAUAAAAUAA